UCUGCCUCGUUGCACCCCCUCCUCCUCUCCACUCUGCCUCUGGUGGACUUACACUUUUUGACCGUCGCCGCUCUUAAAGUUAGAUGUUUGUGUACUCUGCGUUCACUUUUGUUUAGCCCUUUGCCAAAACUGAAUGCUCGAGGGUUUAUGAACCGUCCGAAGCGGAGCCUGUGUCGCGUGUUUUUGAGUUCGCAGAAAAGAGAAGCUGAAGGUGGGAUGAGAAACGGCGACGAGUGCGUUUGGUUUCACAAUGGCACGGUGAUUUUUCAGGUGACUAGCCGAAGUGACUCUUGCACGAUUGAUUUGAUAUUCUGACAGUAAUUCCCGCGAAAUUAGUUUCUCUGGAUAUCAUGGCGCGAAGUGGUGGGGAGAAGAGCAAGUUUGAUUUGCUAGAAGAAAAUCGGACUGACUCGGGUAUCGACUCGUUUAGGUCUUUAACCAAAGACGAUCAGUACGGUACAAGUUCAGUGCCGGAUACCACCAGGAGAGAAGAACAGGACAAACUCAGCGGCGGCACAGAUGAACGGCUGGACUCCGCUUACGGGUCUUCAUCUCUGACAGUUGAUAGUCUGAAUGAAAUUAUCGAUAAAUGCAGCAUUUCGGAAACUCCAUGUGCCGAGAGCGAAAAGGACUGUGAAAAUAUCGAGGAGGAAAAUCCUUUAGCUACCAUCACAGAAGAUGGAGACACAAUUCUUCACUUGGCCAUAAUCCAUGAAGGGGAAGCGUUUUCACAUCAGUUGAUAGCUGUGUUCCCUAAAGAAGUGCUGGACAUUCAGAAUGACUUGUCUCAGACGCCGCUGCACCUGGCUGUGUACUUGGACCAGCCAUUUGUGGUGAAAGCCCUGGUGGAGAGAGGGGCAUGUCUGGAGCUCCAGGACCAGGAUGGGAACACCCCUCUCCACAUGGCCUGCCAACACGGCAGGCUGGAGUGUGCCACCAAGAUGAUCUGCAACAUUUCGGCCACCGAGCUGGUCCGUGUGUUUGAUGUCCAGAACUGGAGAGGUCUCACCUGCCUACACGUGGCCACCCUGCACAGACAGCACAGACUCGUGAGGCUCCUUAUAAAGAAAGGUGUUGACCUCAACAUUCAGGAGGGGACCAGCGGCAAGACGGCAUUGCACAUGGCCGUGGAGGUCCAUGACGUGGACAUGGUGACUCUGCUGCUGAACAAGGGUGCCAAUGUGGACGCGGCCAUGCUCAACGGGUGCACAGCGCUGCACCUGGCCAUCGGGCGCCAGGACGCCACCAUCACCACCCGCCUGUGCCAGGCAGGAGCCGACAGAAUGAUCCGGAACAUGGAGGAUGACACACCACUGGACCUUGCCGAUGGCAACGAUGAUAUACUUGCACUGUUCCCAUUUGAUGACAUUCAGAUCAUGGGCAGAACCAUUGGUGUGAACUUCUGAGUCUUUUUGUGUAUGUGUCUGUGUGUGUUUGUUUGUUUGUUUUCCAGCAAAUAAACUAUGUAGGUCCUUACUUUUAGAUUGCUUAUGUAUGGUGUAGUUGUUAAUUUAUGCAUAUAUUUGUGAUUAUUGUCAGAAAUGUAUAAAUUUCUGUGCCAAAGACGAUCUGGAAUGAAGAAUUGAAUGGCCAGUUCAUGGUUUUGAAAGUAUACCAUAAUGAAUUAUAUAAACAAAUUGAAGUUUGCACAUACGAGGCUGUUUGGUUUCAGACAAUGAAGUGGUUUGAGUAGGUUUGAAGUGGUCUGAUUUGGUUUGAGUAAUGUAAGUUAGCUUGUAAGGCUUUAAAUGUAACAUGCUCAACAGCUCUCAAUAUUUCACGGCCCCUGCCCCCUAAUUCCUUUAAUUAAAAUUUCUACAUUAUAUGAUCAUUUAUUCCAUCCAGCUUGUGUACCUAAGGAAUGUUUGUUAGGCUUUCUCCCAAAACAUAGCCUUAGACUUGCAGUUUGGUGUAAAAAGCUUAUUAAAGUUCAAUUGCUGGGGUGGAAACAUUUACUUUUUCAAAACGGUUUAGUCAGAUUUCCCAAUUUUAUCCACCUUUUAGGGCUUCAUGUCCAUAACUUGCUAUGAAUAUGACUGAGCAGCAGCAAGCAUGUGAAAAGGUGAAUUCUGCCAUGCAAUGGUUUAAAACACCUGGUUACAUGUGCUUUAAUGUAUGUAUUUGAAUGACAGUAUUUUUACAGGAAUCUAAUCAGAUAUGUAUGAUGCUCAUGUUACAGGCACAGAAUCUUUCAGAUGGUUUAAUUAAUGGGUCAUUCCCCACCCUGUAGCUUAGUGUUUUAUCUGAUUUGUAUUCUGUAGCCUGCAAGUACAUAGAAAUGUUUUGCAUGGUAAUUCCAUAUGUAAAUAAACUCCAAUUGCUGCUACACAGCAAAAAAAAAUAAUGCAAAAAGUGCUUGAGUGUUUUAAAUAAAAUACUUUUUCAACUUCCA